UAUAGAAAAAAGUAUAUAUAUGGUGGGUCUUGAUUGGCUAUAAUCCCUAGUGACGUCACAACUAGGCGUAUAUAAGAGGACAACCACACGCACGCACAGAGAUAAUCUCAACUCCAACAGACAACAUGAAGGUUCUGGCGGUGCUGUGUCUGGCGGCGGCUUGCUCGGCCAUGCCCACUUCUGGGAUAGUCGGACCCUCAGGCUCCAUUGGACCGUCAGGCUUGGUUGGUCCUUCCGGCCCCGUCCAGUUUAACACUCCCGCCUGGGCCUUCUUCGGAAACGCUGCCCACGCCCACCUCGCCGCCCUCAAUGCCGUACGCGCCCCCGCCGCCGCCCGCCCCCUCAUUUACCAGGCGGCACCCGCCGUGCAGGCGGCUUAUGGCGUGGAUGCCGCGGGCUGUGUGAGCGGGCCGUCCGGCAAGGUGUGUCCCACCGGCAACAUACAGUUCCUAGCAUAAAAUCAAAUAUGGGACCACCACUGUUUACUGCUAUAUGCAGUCUUCAUCCCUUUUCUUACUUUACUCCCCAGUAAUGUGAUACAUGCACAUUAAUCUACAAAAUAUAUAUACAUGACCUGCGAACAUGAGGCCAAGCGUCAAAUUUCGUCAUGUAAUUAAUAUAUGUAUGUGUACAUGA